AUGUGGCAAAGCCUUCUGGGCCUGUUGACUUCAGCCCAGGACUUGACCUUACGGGGUCGCCUACAGUUACGACGUUUACAAGUCUUCCUGAAUCCGUACAUAGUAUUGAACAACCCCAGUCUGUUGAUCACUCUACCCGACAAUCUUCAACACAGUCUACAAUGGUGGAUGACUCCGUCGAAUGUCUUAGGAAGAGUCUCUUUGGUGCCAUUCCAAAUGACUCACCAUCUGUUUGUGGACGCUUCAAGAGAAGGUUGGGGAGCACAUCUCAACAGUCAGACAGCGUCAGGGCUGUGGUCUGCUGAGGAAUCAAGUUUUCACAUCAAUGUGCUAGAGCUUCUGGGAGAGUUCAACGUGAUACGUCAUUGGCGUCAUCUCUUGAUAAAUGCAACACUAAUGGUAGCAACCGACAAUGUGACAGCGGCGGCUUACAUCAGUCGUCAAGGGGGAACUCAUUCCAGCAGCCUACUCGAUCUGACUUAUCGUUUGUUCAAGAUGACAGAUGCCAUUCCGCUACAUCUCGGAGCACGACACAUCCCAGGAGUGUCAAAUGUUCUGACCGAGUGGAUGCUCAAUCCGGAAGCGUUCCGGUGGGUUUGUCAAAGACUGUGGACUCAGUUCAAUCAUCAACUAAGACUGUAUGUGUCGCCGGUACCGGAUUCCAACGCACUGGAUCUCGACGCCUUGGCCAUCAGCUGGGACAAUCUGGACACGUAUGCUUUUCCGCCUCCAAUAUUACUACCACGAGUCCUCCAGCGAUUUCAGGAGUUCCAUUGUCGAUUACUUCUCAUCGCUCCAAAUUGGCCAAGCAGAAUCUGGUAUCCAGACCUACGUCUUGCAGAACCAGAUCCUCUACCGCUACCAGAUUGGGAUUGCCUCUUGCUUCAUCCCACGUCGAGACAGCAUCAUCCAAAUCCAAGCUUGUAUCAACUAGACGCGUGGACAUUAUCUCCGAGGGUUUAA